UUAAUCGGUCGACAGCCGAUCUUAGUGUAUCGAAUAAUUUUUCCUCGCUAUAUUAAUAUGUAAAUUCAAGGCAAAUGCUCAUAUCGCAAAGCGCAAAAAUCAACAAUUUUAUCUGUGUUAAUAAGUUAUCGAACAAAUAAAUCGCCGAUUAAUCAGAGCUUGGAAGUCACCCUAAGGGAUGGUCCUUCCGAGAACGGCGGGUUACGCGAUUAUUUAGCGAAUCAACCAGAUCGAACAAAUAUCUGUCCACGACGAUCGAUAACGCGGGUGUAAAAUACUUUUGGUAUAUAUCACGUCCGCUCGUACGUAUGUACCAGCUUAACCAUCGUCACGUUCGUCGGAGUGCGUGCAUCACGCUCUUCUCUCUCUCUCUCUCUCUCUCUCUCUUUCUCUCUCCCCUCUAUCCCUCCUUCGAUAAAAGCAUCAGCGGAUUGAGGUAUUCAGCCAGUCAGUUCUCGGACGCCGAUCGGUCCGAAUCGUGUGCCACGUGACACCUCUUGAUCGCCGGGCACGCUGUCGGUCUCUGAUAAUUAUCACAAUUAAAAGGAUCUCACGUCACUGAUAGAGGAAAGGAAAACAAUCUCGCGGAAAACGCUCGCGAAUACGAGGAACUAAACUCGGUUGACUAAAUAGGAAAUCUUGCGGAAAGAUCGAUCCCACGACUUAUCGUGAGACUUAUCGCACUUUGACUGGGAAAAAUACGAUUUGGUGGAGAUUAAACGAUUAAAUGCGUAUCUACGUGUGCGUAGAUUUUCGACAAUCGAUCAUCUGUUAUACACGGUGUUCGGUAAUUCAUUGAGAGAGCUGAUGCACGUGGGCGCUGUUUUUGACAGGAUCAAGGAAUUUUCGACGAUCACACGUCUCAGGUAUUUUUGGACCACGCAGGAUCCAGCAGGGAUUUCCAGAUGACUUAAUGCUCACACCGAACAUAUCAAAUGUGAUUGAUGACACGUGCAUUCACGCUGGAGAGAUCACUGAAAAAGUUUUAUGUGUGAGAGCGCGAGAUAACGAACGAGAAGUAGUAGGUGGUCGUUGGAGAAUCAAUCGAUAAUACCUCGUUAAUCUCAAGUUUAUGAUUCUCGAGAACUGCGGAUUUACCUGACUGACUAACUCAGCCAACUGACUAAGGGGAAAAGGAGAGAGCGAGAGAGAAAGCUGACUGAAAUCUUGAAUUAAAUCUGGCACCAGUCAGGCAAAUAACGCCCGCAUUACACGGAAGACUUAUCGGCCAGUGCAAGCAGGGUGUGACGAGAUAAAUGUGCAAGAUCUAGUAACGAUAACGAGUGACGAAAGAGGAGCAAAAGCCGUCUGUCUCGUCUGAAUAUCGCCGGGACGAGCGUUGCCUGGAGUAAUCGCCUCGUAUUGCAUCCGGAGCAAGGCCGUGCUGUUUCCACUUCACACAAAGUUCAACAAUUGAAAAAUCCAAAGUUCGAUUAUGUUCAACGCGAAGUGCUCGACGCGUAUAUUAAUUUAGAGGUUGACGCAAUCUAAAUCCCGAUCGCGAGAUUCGAACACACAUUCUCGAUCGACUCGAUAGACUCUUGAUAAGACGCAACUACCGUCCAGGAUGCGGUUCGCCGACGUCUGUGUCAUUUUCGUGUGCUUAUCGGCGCCAAUUGCGCGCGCGAGUGACGUGAUACCCACCAUACAUCCUAUCCCAUUGCAAAAUGAGACGUCAGUCCCGGAGGAAUAUCAGCAUCUACCGUUAGCAGCGAAAUGUUGUCCCGUAAACGAGAUCCUCAUAAAAGACGCGGCCAAUAAUAGCAUUUGCGCCCCUGCAAAAGACUCAUCGAUGCACUUUUCACCUCUCUUCAGCGACUUCAAUCGCACCGGUGUGCUGAUACCUGGCGACGAGAUUAAGACAUUCGUCGCUGUUGUGGGAAGUCCCUGCGAUCAAAAGUACAUGCUGCAUCCGGAGAAAACCAGCGAGGAUGAAUAUUACUUAUUGAUGAAUGGUUCUAUCUACGCGCCGCGAAUCGAUCGUACACCGCUUAUGCUGAUGCCCGGUAAGAACUAUUGCAUGGAAGUUGUGCCUGAUCUGGGACUUCGAGUACUCGUCUGUUUCCCCGAAGUUACCGCCAACAAGACUGCAGAUGCGCGGGUGACCAUUUACGCCUGCGGGCUCUUGAUCUCAGUUCCUUUCCUGAUUCUUACUAUUGCGGCUUAUGUGAUAACGCCGAGGUUGAGGGACAUGCACGGGAAAGCCCUUUGCCACUAUUGCGGCUGUUUGGCGCUAGCCUUCACCACUUUGGCCAUUACGCAACUCGUGAGCACGUAUUUGCCGCCUCAAGUCUGCGUUAGCAUAGCAUUCGUCAUCCAGUUCUCGUUCGUGGCCUGCUUCUUUUGGCUGAACGUGAUGUGCAUCGAGACAUGGUUGCUGGUAUGCCACCACGUGAACCAGCGCUCAUAUAGAAGGAUCGAGCCUGAAACGUUAUUCUUCUACUACUCGAUAUGGGCUUGGGGUCCGUCGGCCGUCCUCAUUCUCAUCUCGAUGGCGAUGGAUCUCAGUCCCACGAUACCCAUGACCUACGUCAAGCCCAGUUUCGGUAGCGAUAGCUGUUGGUUCAAGUCCGACGCGGAAGCCAUGCCAUAUUUCUACGUACCUAUCGGUCUCCUCCUGUUGGCGAAUAUGGUCCUGUUCAUAAUCACUGCCGUCAGGAUCAGCAGAUAUCAGCAAGAACUCGCGCUAAGACGCUUAGCCAGGAAUCAGCAUUCUGAUCGGGAAGAUCAAAGGCUCUUCCGUAGGCUCCAGCGGACUUUCUUCGUUUGCCUAGUGCUCUUUUUCCUUAUGGGUCUCAACUGGACAAUGGAACUUAUCUCUUGGUGGGCUGGCGGCGACCCUCUCGACUGGUCGGCGUUCGAUUUGGUGAACGCGCUUCAAGGGGUCCUCAUCUUCGGUCUGUUUGUCCUGCGAAGACCCAUUAGAGAUUUCGUCUGGCAUCGAGUACAAAAGAUACGGGGAAUCGAUGCCACGGAACCAGUCGGAAGCAUGGACUUGGCGUUACUACCCGUGAUAAACGGCGAUUGCCAAGAUUCCUUGCCCAGAUAGAUCGUCGUUCAAUAAUUCUCAAAGUUCUCAGAAAGAAAGAGAUCGAUCUUUUCCUAGACACGAGAGGACGAUUAACGCAGGUGGCUGGCUGAAGUGAUAUCGGCCGUGAAUUUUAAGCGAUCGAUAAACCGAUAAACCGAUGGAGCCAGCGGAAGAAAGAAACCGGGAUACACGACGAUGAUAAAAGUUAUUUUAACCUCGUCGAUAUAGAACAACGGAACGGAGCGGCCUUCUUGAUCAGCAACGUUCAAAGAGAAAUAUCGCUGUGAUAUGAUUUCGUUUACAAACUACCCGAGAGAUCCACCUAAGCUAGUUGCACGUAAUUAAUCCCCGAGGGAUUUAACGCGCUGAGCUUUCGCCCAAAGGAGAUUAUUUCUAUUUAAUUGCAUCACAAUCGUUAAAAGUAAUAGUUCUAGUCCUUUCUGUAAUAUAUCUAUAAUUGGAAACAUAUCAUGCGCGCGGAGUGUUUUGAUUUCGAGCAAAAUACUACAUCCGCGUUUCCGCAGAGAAAAUGUACAACGUGCGUUUCUGCGCGCGUUGAAUCGCAAUGAAAAUGAAGUUUUCCUGCAAGGUAAUGUGUUACAUAAACACAUUGCUCAUUCAUCCUUCUGAAAUAUAGUGCAUGCUACGUGACGUACAUUUUUGCACUAAUUAUACAAUCCUGAAAACAUAAGUAAUAAAUGGACCUCAAAUUAAGGAUCUCAAGCGAUAAAAAUACAAUCGGUAAUUGUAUGCAAGUGUGAGAAUCGGUGUUCAAGAGCGUGAAGAGCGAUUACGUAUUAGUAAUAACAAUGCAUCAUAGUUCGCGGUAUUACGACGAUACUUGCAUGUAAUUCUUCAAUUCAUGCAAGUCGAUAUUCACAUUGAUAAUCAUUUAUCUUAUACUUACGCAUCGCUUAAUGUCGGACAGUACAACGUGCUACGAUACAAUAUUAUGCAAAAUUCAUUCCAUAUUUAUGGAAAUUGCGGUAUGACGUUACAUUAGCGACUUAUUAUAAAUUGCGCA